ACUCUGACGAGCUGGCUGGAUCAGUGCAUGCAGAGCCGCGUCGAAGAAGAAGCCAGCGGUGUUGUUUGAAGCCGCGGCGCGGUCUGCAUAGCCGGCUGUCCCUGCGGACGUGCGUUUCAGUACUGCUUGACGGACGCCGACGGGAUGCUCGAGAGUGCGAGCUAAGCCUCGAUUUGGCUGGAAAGGGGGCGCGGCUUCGUUUCCCAGGAAAGGUGAAAAGUAGCAGCGACUCAGGCGUCACUGCCUAGCAGCCAGGGCCAUGGGGACUUUCGCGGGCCACGCCCUGCCCGGGACGUUCCUCUUUAUUAUGGGAACCUGGUGGGCCUUUAGCACCUGGCGCAACUACGUCCGUAGCAAGGAACGCAAGUGGCGUUACACCUGCCGCGCCUGGUACGUGAUGCCCGGCCCGUGCCGGCACAUCUGCAUCGAGGGCAUCGCCAAGAUCAUCACCUGCUCCAUCGGUGUCACCGGCGAGGUGGCCACGGCCUUCGAGAACGGCCACUUCGUCUACAUGGGCAACGCUCAGCACGUCUCCAUGUACACGUUCUACCUCCUCAGCGGCGUAGUCGACGUCAUGACCAACAGCCGGUUCCCGUUCCCGCUGGGCACCGACCACGUGGUGCUCCUGCUCGCCGUCACGGUCGAGGGCCUGCUGUUCCACUUCCACCUGCACGGAAGAGCCCACCUCGACGUUCUGGUCCACACGAUCCUGGUCUACACUGUGGCGGCCGAGGCGGCCUGCAUCAUCGUCGAGAUGUGUCGACCCCGAAGUUUUUUUGCGUCCCUGGGCCGCGCCUACUUCUGCUUGCUGCAGGCGACUUGGUUUUGGCAGGUCGGAUUCAUCCUUUACAGCCCGCUGCCCGCAUAUCCGCCAUGGGAUGUGCAUAGCCACAUGGACAUGAUGCUAGCCGCCAGCGUGUUCACCUGGCACAUGAUGGCUCUGCUGUUGUACCUUGGAGCGGUGGGCGUCCUGGCUUGGGCCGUGAACCGAUCGUCUGGAAGAUGCUUCGACGACUCCUCUUUCGAGGUGCAGGAAGGGGGUGACUCGCGCUAUGCGCUCGUGAGUGGGUCUCCCGUGAAGUCGGCGGGCGAUGGUGCGCCGAAGAUGAACGCGGAGCUCGGUGACUACAGUGAGGAUGACGCUGCUUUCAUGUGAGCCACUCCGGAAGCUGCACGAGAGAACGAUGACGAUGUGCCUUUGUCGGCGGAGUCAAGAGCAGCACGUCCCAAAGCUUGAGUGUGCUACAUCUAGCAAUGAAGAUGACAUGGACAACUUAGCUGAAACGACAGCACAGUGUGUGAAGCACAACUGGGUGUGUGAAACUGAAAAUGUUCUUCGUUGUGGACAUUCACCUUUUAUGUAAAACACUGAUGUUCUUGCAGUUGCCA